CCGAGCACCGAGGACUGCCAGGCCACCACCAUGCCCCACACCAAGCUGCUGCUCCUCCUUGCCCUCCUCUGUGCCACCGAGACCAGCUGGGCCCUCCGCCUCUACAACGCCGCCUCCAUCUUCAGCUGCCUCAACGCGGCCCUUGCUGAGGCCCAGAAGAGCCUCCCAGAGGAAAACGCCGUCUUGGACAAGCGUGGCUACGACUACCACCCAUCAGAGGAGGCAUCCAAGGAGGAGGAGGAGGAGGCAGAGGAAGACAGAGGGAAAAGGACAUUCCCUGGGGAAGGCCAUUACAAAUACACCUCCCAGGCACAGGUGAAGGGGAAGACGUACCAGAACCGGGCCAAGAGCGACCGCCGCACCAAGGUCACCCUCUCCCUCGAUGUCCCCACCAACAUCAUGAACAUCCUCUUCAACAUUGCCAAAGCCAAGAACUUGCGGGCGAAGGCCGCGGCCAACGCGCAUCUCAUGGCCCAAAUCGGGCGGCGAAAGUGACCCCCACGGGGCCGGGGGGACUCGGAGCAGAGCUGGGCACAUGGGGCCACCACCCGGCCCCGGCCUGCCAGCCAGAGGGGACUGACAG